GACAUACGAACAACCAUUUCCUGUGACACGGUUGAAUGUCCCCACGUAAAAACCAUGGAUGGUAGCCACAGGGCAUCGACAUUUUGUUUGAAAUUGUCAAUCAUAAACAAAGAGAAAUCGUCACGCCUGUGAACUUAUAUCAAUAAAAAGGAAAUAUAUAUACCAUAGGUAAGUUUUCAAUAUGAGAUAAACUAUAAUGGAUGCAGCUACACUACAGGUUGUUGAACUUCACAAUAAAGGUCAGUAUAUCAAGGUAGUCAAAACAGGUAAAACACCUUGGUAGGGGGAGGUUUCGACGACCUCACCCAACAAUCCUUUUGGCCCUAGGUUCUUUCAGAAGAAUAUUAGAAAGAGCCAAACACUUUGAGCACCUUGCAUACGCUUUCUCUUUCUUGGUAACCACGUCCAUCAAGGUCUUUGACCGGAUUUAAAGGCACAAAAGGAAAAAAAGGGGGCCGACGGAGAAGAAGGAGGAUGAGAGAAUGAAAAACAACCGUGAUGUCGUUUCCACGUAACUUGGUUCGGUCUUCAGUCUUCUUCCAGGUGUUGCGUCGUGUGGUACGUUAUUUUAUUUUCGAAACCUGAUAGCAGUGGUACCAGAGUAAAUCAGCGAGUAAACGGAAGCAUCAUGGCGACGCCAAUUGUGAUAGCAAAUACGGUGGUCACUGUUUUGUUAACUUUGAUGGUACUUAACCAUUUUCAGAUAGUGGAAUAUGAUCCGAUUGACAUGGCUGUCAAUGAGUUUCAACGUCGUGUUUAUUAUUCGCAAAUCGAUGGCAGCGUGAUGGCUCCACCAGAAACUUUUAUGACCGUGCCAGAAAUUAUUCAAAACCGUGGUUACCCUCUGGAAAUUCAUAAUGUGGUCACGGAAGAUGGUUACAUCCUUGAGCUACACCGAAUCCCGAAGUCGAUUAACGAGCCUGCCGAUACCACAGAAAAUAUAAAAAAGAAGGUCGUAUUCCUACAGCAUGGUAUCUUCGCAACCGAUUUCGUCUGGGCUUCCGGUCCGUCCAAUAGCUCUUUAGCUUAUAUCUUGGCGGAUCAUGGCUAUGACGUGUGGAUGGGAAACUCACGAGGUAACACGUACUCUAGGAAACACAAAACACUAAAUCCUGACUCGGAAAAAUUUUGGGAUUUCACAUGGGAAGAACUUGGUCAAUAUGAUCUACCGGCUUCCAUCGACUAUAUUCUGAAAACAACCGGGCAAGAAAAGGUCUCAUAUGUUGGGUAUUCUCUCGGUUGUGCCAUUUUCUUCGUUGGCGCUAAUCUGAAGCCGGAUUUGAAUGACAAAAUCGACGUUAUGAUUGGAUUAGCCCCAACAUCCACCGUUCAAGUGCUAAAUAAUGUUUUUAAACUUAUUGCACCACUAAGCAAUCCACUUAGAUAUGUCUUGCGGUGGACAAGAACAGGAUUAUUUCUUCCUAGUGAUGGAAUCUCCAGCCGCCUUCUACGCUUUAUUUGCAAUUCUAGCCAAAUUGGAAGCGCCACUUGCCAAACUGUUAACUACUACAUUUUCGGGUAUUCGGAAACGACCAAUACGUCUUUAGUACAUGUCCUAUGUGGACACUAUCCUGCGGGUGGAUCUCCGAAGACGAUGCUUCAGUUCUUUGACAACUACAAUUCAGGUGGAAAUUUUACCCGUUUCGAUUACGGUGAAACCGGAAAUUUGGAACGUUAUGGAACCACCGAAGCUCCCAAAUAUCAAAUGGAACUAGUCACUGCCCCGGUUUACCUGAUUUGGUCGAAAACUGAUCCAGUUUCAACCCCUCAGGAUAUCGAAUGGCUGGCGACGCGUUUGGGCAAUUUAAAAGGUUCAGUAAAAGUAGACGCUCCAGUAUUUAGUCACGGUGAUUUCUUCAUGUCAACUCAAGUUUCGAAAUUGGUAUACCACCCAUUACUCAAGAUGCUGCCUCCUCCUUUUUAAAAGUCGCCACUCAUAAGAGGAAAAGAUCGGAAAGAAGCUGCACAAGAAGCAUAAUGUUUGCCAGUAUUAGCGACGUUUUCCGACUUGUAAAACAAUCACCAGAAGUAUUAUCUUUUAACGUUGAAACGAAUUUAAUACUGUUUGAUGGAUGGAUGAGUUUAUUAUUAUUGACAUGUAUCGCCGGUUUGAAAAAAUAAUAAAGUCAUACAAAAAUG